AUAAUAAUUGACCAUUCCAAUUCCAAUUUCGAAAUACACAGCGAUCAAAGAAAAAGAAAAAAGAACAACCCAAAUUCUCAACUCUCAUUUCUCACACGCAACGCAACCUUUCGAUUCCUUCUUCAUUAUUGUUGCCAUGGUUGCAGAUUCCAAAUCCAACCUCUCAUUUGGUCCAACCUUCGCUAGCAGUGCUUUCUCCGCAUGUUUCGCUGAGGUUUGUACCAUACCUUUGGACACCGCCAAAGUUAGGCUUCAACUUCAAAAGCAAGCUGUAGCUGGUGAUGUAUCCUCCUUGCCUAAAUAUAAGGGUAUGCUGGGAACAGUUGGAACAAUUGCCAGGGAAGAAGGUCUUUCAGCACUCUGGAAGGGCAUUGUGCCAGGGCUACAUCGUCAAUGUUUGUAUGGAGGAUUAAGAAUUGGGUUGUAUGAGCCUGUUAAGACUUUCUACACGGGGAGUGACCAUGUUGGCGAUGUUCCACUGUCAAAGAAAAUUCUAGCUGCAUUUACGACAGGUGCUGUGGCAAUUAUGGUGGCAAAUCCAACUGAUCUUGUCAAAGUAAGACUUCAAGCAGAAGGAAAAUUACCUCCUGGUGUUCCCAGGCGCUACUCUGGAUCUUUGAAUGCUUAUUCGUCAAUCGUGAGACAGGAAGGAGUUCGAGCUCUAUGGACAGGGCUUGGUCCCAACAUAGCGAGAAAUGGUAUUAUCAACGCUGCUGAACUAGCUAGCUAUGAUCAAGUGAAACAGACUAUUUUGAAAAUUCCGGGAUUCACCGACAAUGUUGUAACUCAUCUCUUUGCUGGCCUUGGAGCAGGGUUUUUCGCUGUCUGUAUCGGCUCCCCGGUUGAUGUGGUCAAGUCGAGAAUGAUGGGAGAUUCUAGUUACAAAAGCACCCUUGAUUGCUUUGUCAAAACCUUAAAGAAUGAUGGACCUUUGGCGUUUUAUAAAGGGUUCCUCCCAAAUUUUGGACGGCUAGGAUCUUGGAACGUGAUUAUGUUUCUAACCCUAGAACAGGCUAAAAAGUUCGCCAAAAGUUUACAGUCGUCAUGAGCUCAAUCAAUUUCAUGGAGUGGUUUCUAUGGGGACAUUUUGCAAAUGCAAAUGCAGUUGAAAUUGUAGAAAAUAAAGUCCUUUCUUCAUUUUACUAACUAGGAUGUAGUCAAACAUUUUUUCAGAGGAGAAAAACAUGAAAGUUCAACAAAUGAAAAUAUUUCAUAGAUACUUCUAGCUUACAAUUGCAAUCUCUUUUGUAGGAUUGCAUGCUCUUUCAAUGUAAUAAUUCUCUUCAGAUUUUACUACGAACGUUCUUGGUCGACAUGAUAUGAGAUUCUUUUCAAGUUUGUUGUUGUCAA